CUGAGAUGUAAACACCAUUCUAAGUUGGGGAGAUCAUUUAUCUCCAAGUGUUUACAGAGUGCUAAUUUUGAAGAUCACAUUGGAGUGGAACAGGACAUUAGUUUUGUCAAUCCUGGAAAGAGACCGAGAAACAAUGAUGCCUAAUGAAGUCGCAUAGUCAUGGCUCCAAUUUCGUUAAGUUCCUCCAAUAGUAGUCCAGAGGUGGUGGAAGGUGAUCGAAAUGACAGCACUUUAUCCACAUCCUCCAAAAUGGUCAGCACUACGACCAUCAGCACCAUUGCAGUCCAGAGUGGAUCCACUCGAAUUAUCAUUGCCAUCUUGCGAGCUGGCUUACACAUCACAAUCAAGAUCCUGGAUAUGCAGCCGGGUAUUGCUUACAUUGGGAACAGUUUUGGCGAUGCAGCAGAACUUCAGAUGGCACAUAAUGAAGUUAUUAAGAGUCUUCAAAGCAAGCAAAGUCCAGUGGAGGAUCUCUUGAGACAAGCGGACGGCAUGAUUGCCAAUCAAAAACCCCGAGCAGAGGUCUAUUCAGCCAUGGCUGACUCCUUGGGUCAAGCAUGGAGAGACCUGAACGGUCAAUUGGAACAAAGGAAGACCAUUUUAGACCAGAACUACAUGUUCCAAGGACAUUUCCAAGACUAUCGUGAAGUUACAAACGACCUGGAACAUUUAUGCAUCAACCAAAAGAUUCCCGAAGAUCAUGGAUCCGUCGAGGUAGCCAUAAAAGCCUUGACCAAAGGCAAGAGGACAAUGCUAGAAUCUUCUGUUUAUGCUUUGCAAGAAGGCGACACUCUCCUUGAUAUGCUCCAGAAGAUGAAGGACGAUAUUAUCAUGGACUCCAGACCAAAAUUCAUGAGGAACUCCUUUUUGCUGACGAUUGGACAGGUUGAACUUUGGCUCGAAGAACUCCAUGACAGGCGUGUGGCCGUAACAAAUCUCUUUGAAUGUCGCUUCGAAGCAUUAAGACAGCAAUUAGAUCUGCUGAGAGUGGGAUCAGACCUAGCCCAACUUGACGAGCUAAUUCGCGAAAAGACGCGCGCAUUAUCGUUGCUCAAGGAUCUAGGAUGUUCCACGUCAACCUGUGAUGAGCUCAUCCGACAAACCAUGUCGAUGCAGAACGAGGCUCAGCACAUUUUGAAUCGUUGUCUGGAGGUGGUGUCCAAUGGAAAACACGGCCGAAUGGAGGCAUCUGCUCAGGCUUAUAAGCUCGUGGAACAAGCCGAAGCUUACCAGCAACAAUUGGACCACCGACUUGGCUUACUAAGCCGUGCUUCAGGGUUUUUUCAAAACUCUCAGUCUGCCCAUUAUCACAUGGACCAACUGGAACUCCAAAUCCGGAACGUGGACCCAUUAAAGCAUUCUCGGAGCGCUCUCGACACGCUCGAGUCAAUUUACGACACUCUCGAUGAAUCCAUUGAGACUGUUGUUAAAGACGGAAAUGAUAUCAUCUAUCAAGCUCACAGUUCCGAGGCCACGACAGGGAUAAGCCAUCUUUUGGAACAAUUAAAGUCGAGGGCAUCCAACUUAAAGACAAUGUGUAAUCUCAAAUCGUCACAGGUCAUUCGUGGAGGAGAAGCUCUCAAGAGUUUCGUCGCAAAACUCGAGGAAUUUGAUGCCUGGAUCAAGGAUGUUGUACAGACAUUCCUCGAGACGAAUAGCAACAUGGGAACAAGUUGGGACACAUCUAAUUUCUUCCUAGAGAAUCACAAGGACUUGGUCAAUAAGAUCCACAUGAAGACUUUUGAAUUGGAAGGCUUACGAGGCGCUCUAAAAACAAUCGCCAAUCAGUGCUCCAACGAGGAGACAAAAGCUGUCGAAGAGAGGAUGGAUCGAUGUAACGAGACUCUCACAACCCUGAUGCAGGUCAUUAGUCAACGACUGACGAUUGCCGAGAAAUUCGUAAAAUUCCAAAAGAGUUUCGAGCAAGUGGAUAAUGAAAUGUCAAACAUGGAGCAAGAGCUUCGAGAAAAUAACCAGGCCGAUCGGAUGCUCUUCGAAUCCUCUUGGAUCUUCAUACAGCAGCUCCAUACUCAAAUAUCGAACAUGGGGCGGAAUAUCAUCCAGGAUUUGGAUCAUAUGCGACUCAGCUUCUCAGCGAACGCAAUGCCCUUCUGGGAACCCAUCUGA